AUGAAGAAUAUGAAGACACCCCAUUUUGAAGGAGGGACAGAUCCAUUUGAAGCCGACCAAUCGUUUCGAACCAUUGAGAAAAACUUUGAGACGCUGACGUGUUCCGAGGAGUCUAAGAAAAAUAUGGCGGUGUAUUACUUAGAAAAAGACGCGGCAGAAUGGUGGGAGAGUAGGGAUCACCAAGUAGGACAUCUCGUCACCACUUGGGCGGCAUUCAAAAAAGAAUUUGAACGCAAGUAUUUCACCGCGGAGUCCAAGCGAAGGCUUCAACAGUUAGAAAAUAGACUAGCAGUCGGGAACUACGAGAGUCUCACCGAGCUAGUGGAAAAGGCUGUGAAUGUGGAGAUCGGAUUGGAAGCUGAGAAGGCGGCAAGUAAGAAAUCCAAGCAGCAUCAAGAAGGAAAGUACGGUGGAAACCAAAGAUCUUUUAAGGGUAAAGAUAAGGAAAAGGAAUCGGGAGGGCCAAGUCGACACUCUCUGUUCACAGGAAAAUGCUUUAACUGUGGCAAGAUAGGCCAUAAGUCAAGUGAAUGCUUCGGGAAGAAACCUGGAUCCUUUCAGUCAAACUCCUACAAUCCUAUGCUACACGUGUGGAAAGAAAGGACACAUCUCUACCCAAGACCGCGUCAAUCAUCUUAUCCCAGCUACGCCAAUCAAUGUUCAUCCUACUCCAGCUCCACCUGCAAUCGCACCAGCGCAAAAAAAGGAACUUUACAUGUUGCGGGGCGUCCCACACAUGUAUUGUUCGACUCGGGGGCAACACAUAGCUUUGUGGCCCCUGAGAUAGCUGCCGAAUUUGUGGGUUCAUUUGUGAUUGACAGGAUGGAUGUGGCUGUGAUGACUCCCAGAGACCAAACCCUCCAAGCAAAAGAAUGCCUCAGAAGAGUUCUGUUAGUCAUUUGCGAGAAAAUCUUCCUGGCAGAUUUGUUGGUGGAGCCCUUAAAAGGAUAUGAAGUUAUCUUGGGCAUGGAUUGGUUAUCAGGCUAUCGGGCACAAUUAGAUUGUGGAAAAGGUCGUAUUUUGUUCAAGGAGAACGGGCAACGACAAAUAUUGUUUUACGGGAUCAGUCCAAGCAAGUCUGUGUCUUUAGUAGCUGCCUUAAGAGUGGAAAAUUUGCUUAAGGAUGGAGAAGCGUAUCUGGUAACAGUAACUGCUAGUGAAGGACCCGCUAGCAAUGGAGUUGAAAUUACGGAUAUUGCGGUAGUACAAGAGUUUGAGGAUGUGUUUGCGGCAUUAAAAGAGUUACCUCCACCUCGGAAUAACCAUUUCACAAUUAACUUGGAACCUGGAGCUAAGCCGAUAGCAAAGGCUCCUUACCGCAUGGCACAUGCGGAGUUAGCAGAGUUGAAGAAACAGCUUGAAGAUUUAAUGGAGAAAGGUUUCAUAAGACCUAGCUCUUCACCAUGGGGAGCUCCGGUCUUAUUUGUCAAGAAGAAGGAUGGUAGCAUGCGGCUUUGCAUUGAUUAUCGAGGAAUCAAAAAUAUCACCAUCAAAGAUAAGUAUCCUCUUCCGAGGAUACAUGAGUUGUUGGAUCAGCUAAGGGGAGCAAGUUGGUUUUCAAAGAUCGACUUGGCGUCGGGCUAUCAUCAGAUUCCAAUUUCAGAAGGUGAUGUCAUGAAGACUACGUUUAGAACUCGUUAUGGACAAUACUAG